AUGGUUCGACCAAUACAAGUAGGAAAUAAUGGGGAAGAUAGUCCAGGGUUCCGUAGGAUUGGUGGCUGUGAACUUGAUGACAGUCAGAUGAAGGAGGUUCGUGAGAUAGUAGUACCCGCUUUCGAGAGAAUUACCGUGAAAGAGGAGUCGGGACAAUUCAGAUUUGCUGAAAAAGUAAUCAAGACGUACUCCGAGGUAUGGAGCGAGAUUGCGGCUGUAGACAGGCUAAAAUGCAUUCAAUUUGGGAUAUUUCAAGGACAGAGACCAGAGAAUAAGGGAUUCUUAAAGGAGUUAGAAACAUUGGAGGCUAGCGUGAGAUCGGAGGCCGUGGAAGUACAAUCAAAUUGGGAAGAAGUCAGAAGGAGACUUCUGGAGGUGUUCGAGAAGUACAGAAGACGGGCUAACAAGAACCUAGGGGUAAGACCAUGGGUAUCAGGAUCGGCAUACGAAUGGAUCAAGGAAGAGUAUUUCCGCAUGUGGAGAGGAGACUCGACCUGGGAGGAACUAAAGCUGUAUCUCAAGGCACUACCGGCCUUUGCAGGACAGGUUACGUAUCUGGGAAAGGAGGAUGCAAGGGAGUUGACGAAUAUAGCCAUGGAGAUUGAUCGAAUGAGAGCCGAACAUAAGAAGGAAAGACAGCUUAUGAGAACAUCAAAGAAGACAAUCAGAUGUUACACGUGCAACAAAGUAGGACACAUAAGUAAAGACUGCUGA